AUGAAUCGGCUGCUACUGGCACUGCUACCGCUGGUAACGUUGGCUUUUGCACAAAAGGAAUGUUUCUUAGUUAAAGAUUCGGGUUUCGUUUGCGAUGCAGAAGCUGGUCAGCGAUUCUACUUUGAUAUGCACACGAAGCGAUGCCAGCCAUUCUACUACAAGGGUUGUGGAGGUAAUGAAAAUGCUUUCACGACACGUGAAGAAUGCACGAAGAAGUGCUCUGAUGUGAAAGGAAGCACCUCCACUCAAGCUGUGUGCAAAUCGGGUGCGUAUGCUGCUGGAGCGACAUCACUACCAGAGCCACUUGACUGUUCAGAAUGCCCAAAAGGUUAUGUAUGUGAAGACAAAAUGUGCUGCCCAACGAGAGACUAUCUAUGCAACCUGCAAUACGAUGCUGGGAAAUUCGGUGAUAAAGGAUCCCAUACUCCAAGGUGA